AAGAAACAUUGUAAAUUCAAAAAAAUGGAUCCGAAUCCUAAACCGGCGAUUUCUGGCAAAGAUAAUGGCGUGUUCGAGCAUCGCUCGUUUGCUAGAAUCGGGUUUCUUGGAAACCCUAGCGAUGUUUACUUCGGUCGUACGAUUUCAUUUACCAUUGGUAAUUUCUGGGCGUGGGCUAAGCUCGAACCAUCUGAUCAUCUCUUGAUCAAACCUCAUCCAUUCCAUGAUCUUGUCCAGUUCGAUUCUCUCGAUAAUCUCGUUUAUCGAUUGGAAAAUGAUGGAUACUAUGGAGGUGUAAGGUUACUAAUGGCGAUUUGCAAAGUAUUCCGAAACUAUUGCAAAGAAAAUGGUAUACAACUUCAUGACAAAAACUUCACUCUUUCUUAUGAUACCAAUAUCCCAAGACAGACGGGGCUUUCAGGUUCUAGUGCAAUUGUAUCUGCUGCUCUUAGCUGCCUUCUCGACUUCUACAAUGUCAGGCAAUCAAUCAGAAUCGAAGUCCGACCUAACCUUAUUCUUAAUGCGGAGAAAGAACUUGGUAUUGUUGCUGGUCUUCAAGACCGUGUUGCUCAAGUCUAUGGUGGUGGUCUUGUUCACAUGGAUUUUAGUAAAGAGCAUAUGGAUAAAGUUGGAUAUGGGAUAUACACUAUAAUGGAUAUCAAUCUUCUUCCUCCUCUGCAUCUCAUCUAUGCUGAGAAUCCUAGUGACUCUGGCAAGGUACAUAGCACGGUUCGUAGAAGGUGGUUAGACGGUGAUGAGUUUAUAAUAUCAUCAAUGGCAGAAAUUGCAAAAUUAGCUGAAGAAGGUCGAACUGCAUUGCUUAAGAAAGAUUACUCCAACCUCAAGGAACUCAUGAACCGUAACUUCGAUCUUCGAAGGAGUAUGUUUGGAGAUGAAUGUUUGGGAGCUAUGAACAUAGAGAUGGUGGAAGUGGCACGUAAGAUCGGCGCAGCUGCAAAGUUCACUGGAAGCGGAGGAGCUGUGGUGGUUUUCUGCCCUGAGGGGCCAUCUCAGGUCAAACUUCUAGAAGAAGAAUGUCGGAAAUCUGGAUUUAUCGUUGAGCCAGUAAAGCUUGUGCCUACCCGCCUCAGUAGUUCUGAUAUUAAGACAUUAUCAAAAACAUGAUUUUGUUACAUCAUCAGACCUCUUAGUCUUAUACUAAGAACAAAAACUUGGUCCUUGAAGGAUCUUGAGAUCAAUAUCUGAACUUGUGCUUAGUCCAUGUGAUGAUAGUAUCCAUUCAUAAGUCAUUUUGUUUUAUAUGUAUUAACAUUAUUUUGUACGAGUCACUAAUCAUUAGUCUUUCAUUUACAAAAAUUUGUCAACAACAUGUAUUACAACGUGUUUAACAGCAUGCAAUAAUCUAAUCUAGUGAGGCA